AUGAAGAUGCUUAUCGGCUGCUCUGCUUCCUUCCUCCUCCUCCUGCUGCUCAGCUGUCUGACUGAACCUGCGGAGAGUCGAACUCUGCAUCUGGACAGCUGCUCUGUCAGUGUUCACACACACGAGCUGCGCAAAUACUACGCACACAUACGAUCAAAUGCGAUUUCAGAAGACAACGAGAUCGGAAUGAAACUUCUGGAUAGAUCACUGAUGAAAAAUGUUCAAGACGGUCAGACAUGCUGUUUCCUGCGUCUUGUGUUGCGUUUCUAUGUUGAGAGAGUGUUCAGCAACUAUGCCUCAUCCGAGCCACAACAACAACGCUGCUCCAGCGCUCUGGCCAAUGCUUUCGUGAGCAUCAGAAGAGACAUCCAUAAAUGUCAUUGCCAAUGUGGAGAAGAAACCCAGAGAACAAUUGAUUCAGUGCAUGCUGAGUUUAUCAAGCUACAAGCAAACAGGGCAGCACAGAAGGCAAUGGGUGAACUGGACACUGUGCUGGAGUGGCUGGAAGCACUGGGACCCAAAACUUAA